AUGGCCCCGUAUCCUCUUAAGAAAUUAGAUCAAGGUGCUCGCUUCCCACGAGGCGGGGUUGUGGUGCUUCAUGGAAAAGAUGAUACAGUGGCUUCAAUAGAACAAAGCUAUAUGCUGGGAAAGAAGCUUUCUGAGGUCGAUCCGGAGCUGGAUUUCAAGCUUGUUGUGCGAGACGGCGAACAUGGAUUUGAUCACUCGGCCAAGUUAAGGGAUAAAUGGUUGUGGGAUGCGAUUCAGGGCAUCCUGAAAGCUUGGCUUGAGUAA